CUGCGCUGCUCGUCCCCUCGGCCAGCGGAAGGGGGUGACGCUGGGCAGCGGCGAGGAGCGUGUCGCGGGCUCUGGCGGGCUUUGGGCGCGAGGGUUAAGGUGAAGAGCGCACGGGCCCCGGGCUUCCCGAGCUGGAUUUGCAUGCUGCACCAUGCCUUCCUGGAUCGGGGCUGUGAUUCUUCCCCUCUCGGGGCUGCUGCUGGCCCUCCCGGCUGGGGCGGACGUGAAGGCUCGGAGCUGCGGAGAGGUCCGCCAGGCUUACGGUGCCAAGGGAUUCAGCCUGGCGGACAUCCCCUACCAGGAGAUCGCAGGGGAACACUUGAGAAUCUGUCCUCAGGAGUAUACGUGCUGUACCACGGAGAUGGAAGACAAGUUAAGCCAACAGAGCAAACUCGAGUUUGAGAACCUUGUGGAAGAGACAAGUCAUUUUGUGCGGAACACGUUUGUGUCCAGGCACAAGAAGUUUGACGAGUUUUUCCGAGAGCUGCUAGAGAAUGCAGAGAAGUCCCUCAAUGAUAUGUUCGUCAGGACCUAUGGGAUGCUGUACAUGCAGAACUCCGAAGUGUUCCAGGACCUCUUCACCGAGCUGAAGAGAUACUACACGGGGGGCAACGUGAACCUGGAGGAGAUGCUCAACGACUUCUGGGCGCGGCUCCUGGAACGGAUGUUCCAGCUCAUCAACCCACAGUACCACUUCAGCGAGGACUACCUGGAGUGUGUCAGCAAGUACACCGACCAGCUGAAGCCGUUCGGGGACGUGCCCCGCAAACUGAAGAUCCAGGUCACGCGGGCCUUCAUUGCCGCCAGGACGUUCGUCCAGGGACUGACUGUGGGCCGAGAGGUCGCCAAUCGAGUGUCCAAGGUCAGUCCAACCCCGGGGUGCAUCCGUGCUCUUAUGAAGAUGCUGUAUUGCCCAUACUGCCGCGGCCUUCCCUCAGUGAGACCGUGCAACAACUACUGUCUCAACGUCAUGAAGGGCUGCCUGGCCAACCAGGCCGAUCUGGACACCGAGUGGAACCUGUUUAUAGAUGCGAUGCUUCUGGUGGCUGAGAGAUUGGAAGGACCAUUCAACAUUGAGUCCGUCAUGGACCCGAUAGACGUCAAGAUUUCUGAAGCCAUCAUGAACAUGCAGGAAAACAGCAUGCAGGUGUCUGCAAAGGUCUUUCAGGGGUGCGGCCAGCCCAAGCCUGCUCCUGCCCUCAGGUCUGCCCGCUCUGCACCCGAGAACUUCAACACGCGCUUCAGGCCCUACAACCCCGAGGAGAGACCAACGACGGCCGCAGGCACGAGCUUGGACCGGCUGGUCACAGACAUAAAAGAGAAACUGAAGCUCUCCAAAAAGGUCUGGUCGUCUUUACCCUACGCCAUCUGCAAGGACGAGAGCGUGACGGCGGGCACAUCCAAUGAAGAGGAGUGCUGGAAUGGGCACAGCAAAGCCAGGUACUUGCCUGAGAUCAUGAACGACGGGCUGACUAAUCAGAUCAACAACCCUGAGGUGGACGUGGACAUCACGAGGCCGGACACUUUCAUCAGGCAGCAGAUCAUGGCGCUGCGUGUGAUGACCAACAAGCUGAAGAAUGCCUACAAUGGCAAUGACGUCAACUUUCAGGACACCAGCGAUGAAUCCAGUGGCUCAGGGAGUGGCAGUGGGUGCAUGGAUGACGUGUGUCCUACGGAGUUUGAGUUUGUCACCACCGAGGCUCCAGCAGUGGAUUCUGACCGGAGGGAAGUGGACUCUUCUGCAGGCCAGCUCAGCUCCUCCCUGCUCUCCUGGUCCCUCCUCGGCGUGGUCCUGGCACUGCAGAGACUGUGCAGAUAAUCCUGGGUGUGUGGUGCAAGAACACUGCAUUUUAGCUAUUUGAACAGCCAACUUCCUUCUUUUGUUACACUAUUGGACAGUGGACCAUGCCUCAAAAACCUGCCGUUUUCUAUGAGAAGAGAGCAGAACAGCAACUGGCCUCCCUUUUUGUUCUCCCAAAGAGUUCCGGGUACCAGACCCAACUGCUUCCUCUGUCCGUCAGCUGUCCGUGGGGACCUUGUUUAUUCUAGAGAGAAUUCUUACUCAAAUCUUUCGUACCAGGAGAUUUUUCUUACCUUCAUUUGCUUUUAUGCUGCAGAAGUAAUCUCAUGUUGUGAGGUGUUUGGGUUUUUUUUUUCCCUGUCCCCAUUUUAAAAAAAAAGAAAUAUAAGGGGUGGGGGGGAAGAAUAAUCAUUCUUCUUAUGAAAUCAGGCCAAACCCCAAGAUAACUACAUUUGCAACAAACAAGCAAACAAGAGGGAAAAAAAUGAAAGAACUUGAACACUAUAAAUUUGGCGUUGACAGUCAGCUCCCAGUGUAGGCAUCUCUGUGACAAAUGCUUAUGUGCACAAAAUGCUUAUGGGGAGAGAAG